AUAUUCUCACAGACCCAACUUCUAAAAUUCCCUUCUUCCUCUUCUAUUUAUUUCUCUUUUUUUUCUUCUUGCUUUGAUUAAAACAAUAAGGGGCCAAAAUCAUGGGUGUUUUGGAAUAUUUAGCAAGUUUUUGUACAAUCACAACCAGCACAAACAACAAGAAGAAAUCAAUGCAGACAGUUGAAAUAAAAGUGAAAAUGGACUGUGAUGGAUGUGAAAGAAGAAUCAAGAAUUCUGUCAAGCAUAUGAAAGGUGUAAAAUCAGUGGAAGUGAUUAGAAAGCAAAGUAAAGUGAUAAUAAAUGGUUAUGUGGAUCCAAAUAGAGUAUUGAAGAAAAUAAAGAGUACUGGAAAAAGAGCAGAAUUUUGGCCAUAUGUACCUUAUAAUGUGGUAUAUUAUCCACAUGCACCACAAGCCUAUGAUAAAAGGGCACCUGCUGGUAUGGUUAAAAAUGUGCCACAAGCACUUCUUGCCCCAAAUGCUACUGAAGAAAAAUUUGCUUACCUUUUUAGUGAUGACAAUCCAAGUGCUUGUUCCAUUAUGUGAUGACGGUCGCCAAGAUUUGAAGUUUAUGGGUUCUAAAGUCAUGUCACUAUAUCUAUAUAGGUCGUCUUAGUUAAUGGGUUCGUAAUUAAUAAUAAAUUUUCUGAUACAAAUAUAGAGUCUAAGCAAAAACUGUUGA